AUGCCUUCCAAAUCCUCCAAAUCCAGCUCCAGCUCCGGCUGCGGCUGUCGCUGCUUCUCUCUCAAGUCCCUGAGCUUCCUGGCAAUCUUCCUGGCCCUGUUCUCCGCCGUCUACCGAUUCCUCGACGCGCGCCUAGACCAGUUCUACAUCUUCGACCCGGACCAUCUCCACGAUCUCUCCCAGCGUGCCAUUAGCGCACAUGGCGAAGACACCCGCUCCAUCGUCAACUUCAUCGUUGCCGAGCUGGAGCAGAAGGUCGGCCCCAAGUACCUGAGCACCCAGGAGGAAUGGGUGUUCAACAACGCGGGCGGUGCCAUGGGCGCCAUGUACGUGAUCCACGCCAGUAUCACCGAGUACCUGAUCAUCUUCGGUACCGCCAUCGGCACUGAGGGCCACACCGGUCGCCACACCGCAGACGACUACUUCAACAUCCUCCAGGGAACCCAGCUGGCCUACGUCCCCGGCGAAUUCAAGCCGGAGGUCUACCCCGCUGGUAGCGUUCACCACCUCGUCCGCGGCGAGGUCAAGCAGUACAAGAUGGAUGAAUCUUGCUUUGCGCUUGAGUACGCCCGUGGCUGGAUUCCUCCCAUGCUCUUCUUUGGGUACGCCGAUACCUUCUCCAGCACUCUGGACUUCCCCACCCUGUGGGCUACUACCCGUAUCACUGCUGUCGAGAUGGUCGGUAACUUGUUGCAGCUCAAGCUGUAA